AUGGAGAAAGUGCAAGAUAUCAAAUUCCAGGCAUCAACCACAGAAGAAAAGGAAUUGUGGAUGAAAGCGCUCAACGAUGGUAUCAGCCGAGGAAAGAAUAAGAUAUUUGAUGAGGUAAAAAUUGAUGAGAACCUUUCUCUGGAUCAUGUAACUCGAGGCAGAGCCAAGAUAGCCAAGGGCCGUCGUCCACCCACCAGAAGCCAUUUGAAAGAGGUGGCUAGUUCAACGUCAGAUGGGAUCCUGAGACUUGAUUUAGAUGUAUCAGAUGGUGGACCUCUACAUAGCAUCCUAGUGACCAGUGAAACUGCUGAAACCCCUCCUCCAAAGGAGACCCAUAAGCCUCCAAUGCCCCCUGCAAAAGGGCCCGUGCUUCCAACGGAGAACCUAAGUGCCAAUCUUGCCCCAGAAGAUCCACAGGUCAAGAAGCCACCAAUGCCUCCAGCUAAGUCUCUUAAGGAAGUAGCAGCACCCAGUGAAAAUGUGAACUCUCUAGAAGUAAGUGAUGCAGAAGAGGAGGCAUGUGAAGACUCUGAAGGGACCCCAGUCGAAGGAGAUUGGGUGGAACCCAGACCUCCAGUACCACCUCCAAAGAUUUUAUCCGACAAAAUGAAGGUGGGAUGGGACCAUCCGGGUUCCGAACUUCAUGACGUUGAAACGGAGAAUGCCCCUGGAUUAAACAAGGAAGCAGUCAAGCCACCGACUCCUCCUCCUAAGGUUUUUAGAGGCAAGCUGAUCUCCAAGGAGAACGAUGCACAGGUAGACAUUUCUGAAGGGGAUUGGCAGCCUGACGGGGACUCGAACCUUGAUGUCAACGGCAUGGAUGACAACGGAACAACUCAACCUGCUUUCCAAAACGGGAAGGAGCAGGAUGACCAUUCCUCGGAGCCAGGAGGAAAGGAAGAGGGUUUGAGCCUGCCUUCAGAAGACCAGGUUGACGUAGUGGAGCCUGCGGGAGGUUCUCCAGCAACCAAGCCUCGCAGCUCCUCUCUAGGGGCCUUGCUUUCAGAAUCGCCCCCAAAGCUUCCUCGGCCAGAUUCCCAGAAGUUGUCUAUCCUCCACAUGGGGGAGAAAAUCGCUCACGAAAAGCAACGAACUGAAAAGCUCCUGUGGAAGGUUCGAGGUGAAGAGCUGGAACAAGGCCAGGAAGGCAAGGGACCCUUGGGAGACGCCAAGGAGCUGCUCGAUGAAGCCACCGAGCAACUCCGGCAAGCCACCCAGGUCUUGCAAGAGGUCAAAGAUUUAGGGGAACUGAGAAGGGAACCUACUGGGUUGCGGAAAGGUGCCUCGAAGGACCUAGUGACUAUUUAUAGGAGAAGUGCUCCUUAAGAAGGAAUUGAAUUCUGAAUCGUGAUUUAGAUGAAAAGUAGCCGGGCAGCAGCACCAUUUCUACUGGGCUACCAGACCAGUGUUUUAAAGAUAGAUGGAUAGGGCAGCAGCUGAGUCUUAUUAAGUAUUGCUUAUUUUCACACUGCCCCUUUUGUAAUCUCAGAAGGUGGGCUGGAUCCUGCUGGGUGGGGUGUGCUAGAGAGGGAUCCCCGGGUAGAGGACCCCAGGGAAAGGUCUGUUGUUGGAAGACAAGCAGUAACUGGAAGCCGUAGGGACUUCCUACCAGGGGUGCCUAAAACAUUUCAAGUGCAGAAGGGUUUCGAGUUUGCAACAAGCGUUCAUGAAGCCUUUCCAGUUUGGUGGAGGCCUCUUGCAAGUUCAGAACGGGAGCUUUUGUGGUUCAGGUGGUGCCCUUUUGAGCUAUAGGAGCACAUCAAGUUGGAGCAGGGAUGUUGAAUUUCCCAUGCAGGCUGGAAUAUUUCGGGUUAGAAAAGUUUUGCACAGUCCUCGUUUCUGUUCUUCUGCUUCGUUCUCUCUCUCCUCUGCUCUACUCUCCUUCUCCCCCUCUCUCUCCUCUCCUCU